GUCUUUGACUCUGUCUUCUCCAUCGCCUUUUUAUCUCCGUCCCGAACCCCGAAAAUACCCCCACCAUACCAGCACCAUCUAUGGCGAUCGAAUCCGACUCCAUUCGUCGGAAAAACGUUUGGGUCGAAGAUUCGCGGCCACUGCCAUAUCUCCCGCUCGAAACCAUCGCGGAAAUACUCUCCAGAGUUCCCGUCAAGCCUCUGCUGCGAUUCAGGUGCGUUUCCAAAUCAUGGCGCUGUUUGAUUUCCGAUCCGAAAUUCGCGAAAGCCCAUCUUAGUUUAGCAUCUGCCAGCACUGAUUAUACCCACCACAGACUACUCCUUAUAACUAGUGGUGGUCCGAAUCCAUAUAUCAAGUCAUGUUCCGUUAGUUCUAUUAUGCAUGAGCAAUCUGAUACUACUGCUGUUGACCACGAUUAUCCUUUCGAAAAACCUCGCAAAAGAGUUUGGAUUGGCUUUAACGGUUCCUGUAACGGAUUGGUUUGCAUCAUGGUUCCAGGAUAUAUAAUGUAUCUAUGGAACCCGGCCACUAGGAAAUCCAUGGAACUGCCCCUUAUUAAAAUGCGAAAUAAUGUCUUCAGCCAUACAUGCGGUAUUGGUUACGACGAUUCUAUUGACGAUUACAAGGUGGUGGUCAUCCUUAGUGCCCAUGUUGAUAGGGCUAUUCAGAAAAGAGUGGAGGUUUAUACUUUAAGGACUGAUUCUUGGAGGAGGAUUCGGGACUGUCCUCAUUCUCUUGAAUGGACUGAUUCGGGGAUAUUUGUGAGUGGGGCGCUUCAUUGGACUUCGUGGGAUUCUAAUUGGAUUAUUGUUUCUCUUGAUUUGGCAAAGGAGACAUAUGGGGAGGUUUUGCAACCUGAUUAUGAUAGAGAUUGUUGUUUGGACUAUGUAUUAGGUGUUUUAAGUGGAUGCCUAUGUGUAUUGAGCCAAUAUGCUGAUUGUGCUGAUGUAUGGGUGAUGAAGGACUAUGGUAUCAGAGUCUUGGACCGAGUUGAUUGUGAUACCCUAUUCAACUCCAACAGAUGUCGCCUAUUCCGCACCUUUGUGCAUUUUGAAGAACAAUGAAGUUUUAGUGGGUAAUAGGAUGCAUUUAGUGUGGUACUAUCCAAAUGAUGCCAAAUUUAGUUAUCCUACGAUUCAAAAUAGUAUUGAACCUUAUAGAGCAUAUCCCUAUGUUGAGAGCCUUGUCUCGCUUGACUCUGACAAUGGGAUUCAGCGACAACAACAGUAUUAAAGGAAGUAAGGAGCUGAGAACGAGGAGAUUUGAUUUCUAGAAUCGGCUUAGGUUACAUUGUAGUUGUCAUGAUGUGAAGACUUGUACUUGCUUUAUGUUAAAAAAAUUGGCUGGUAAUCAGAGCUAGUACUCUUUUAUUUGUUUUUGAAAUGUUAAUAUCAUAUUGACAUAACCUAGUACUUGCAAUCCCAAUCCUCGUUUCGCUCCCGCUCUCAA